AUUGAAGUUUUCUAAUAACUUCUUCACUCUUCUAAUUUACUUAAAUUCCAUGCUGACCUUUCCCUGUCAUUCUUCUUCCUGCUUUUAUCCUGUUCUUCCAUACUCUCCCUGAAAGCCUAUCAGUUCUUUAAUACACUGUCUUCUUUAUGUCUCGUCUACAUUUCUUUCAACCGUAAAAGACAAAUAUCUUUCUUGAAUUUAAAUUAUCACAAGUAAUUCCACCACUUUAUUUGGCUUAUUUCAGUUCAUAAUUUCUUAGAGAGAUUCCAGGGACAUUUACAGAGGCCCUAAACUUAUGAUGGUAAGAAUGCCAAAAUCAAUUGAUUCGGAGUAUCUUUAACAGCAAAUAAUUCUCACAGCACCUGAAAGAGCUCUGUCCUGUAAGCAGAUAUACCCUACUUCUUGUUUGCUUCUCUGAGCCCAUUUCAUUCUGAAUUACUGGUUUCAUUGGUCAUAAGCUGUCAUUUCUGUUAGGUAUUUUUUACUGUGCAGUAUAAUAAAAAAAAAAAAUCCCUAAACAAGUUGUGUAUCUCCUGCUUUCAAGUGUAAGCAGAGUACAAAUUUGAAUGCAGAAGACAGUGACUGCACCCUGACUAGAGUAAUCAAUGCAAGAACAUCCUUAAAGCUUUUCUUCUGUAACAAGGGCAAACUCAGCUAAAAAGUUUGUUUAAAUCCUGCUUGGCAUAACAAGAACCUUUAAACUUUAUCUGCUUGUGACUAUCUUUGAAUAUACCUGACUCAUCACCAAAAAGCCUUUCAACUCAGCCCUGCUCAGCUCAACUGCUCUUCUUGCCUUAUACCAAUAUUUUAAAUUCUUCAAGGCUUCUAGUGAAAUCUAUAGGGUUUUUAUACUUAAUAUUAUUUUAUAGCACAGGAAGUUCAUAGCUCAUGAAUACCUCAGAUCUACAAAACAAAAUGGAAAGGCUUUUCUCUGUAUACCCUGAAUGUCUUUGUUUUCUCUGACUAUGUGUUUGUGUCAUAUCUGUGUCCUGAGCUGUUAUUUCUAAAUAGCAAUUAUAUCACAGUGGAGUCAUUUUUUACAAUAACGAAAAGAAUGGCAACAAAUUAAGCAACAACAACAACAAAAAUCCUGUAUCAUCUUAAUCUGAAAUUAAGAAAAUCAAGGUCUAUGUUGGCAACGCAUUAUAUUCUCUCUGUGUCUCAUAGUUGCUUUCUAUGUAUUUUAUAAGAGUAAAAGCAUCUCAUAUUACUGGUAUUCACAAACUCCUGUCCUUUCACCCUUGUUCUUGACCUCUUAUCUCCUUUGCAAAACAGUGCUGUUGUUAUCUGUCUUACGGAUUUAUCUUAUAGUAAUAAAUGAUUCUUUCAGUGACUACAGUGAUGUAAUUAACUCUUUUUCCAUGUUAUUACACCUUAAUGUUCUUAUUGUAUGUACUUACCAACACCUGUCAGUUUUUCUUAACUGCCUGACUUAACUUGGAUACUCACUUUGUCUUAUACAGUUUUCCACUUGAAAAUCUGCCCAGAGAAUUGACAGUGUAUUCUGAGGUAGUUUCAUUGACCUCACUUGCUGUGUUGUGUGAUUUCACUGUGACGUGGGAGGCAUCUUUCCUUCCUAUACAGACGUCACAGUUUUCCUAGGUGUCUGACUUUACUUCCUUAGACCCAAAGAGGUGUCUGGUCUCUAGAUCUUGUCUCCUGCCUUUGCCUUUUGUCUUAUUCCUUGACUAAUGUGAUUCUGGGGGACCUACCUAUACCUGCCCUGCUGGUGACAGUGCCUUUACACACCAAUGCCUGGUCAGUGCUGAGUUUACUAGGAGUUCUGCAGAGUAAGAAAAAAUGAAAAUUAGCACGAUCUAGUCCUCCUUGCCCUCUCUGUCUGACUUGUACCUUAUUCUUAGAUCCUCUGAUAUGCUCUGUUGAUUACAUUACAUUCAAAUAGUAUUUUUUUGGAGACUCCACUAGAGAAAUGAAACUCCUCACAUGUUCUAGAGCAAACCCGUCCUCUGUCUGCAGCAUGAGCAGCUUUGGGAGACACACAUUUGGAGAGAUAAUAAAAUAACUGACCAAGAGGACAAUGUAAGUCAAAACCAGCUCUCCCUCACAGCCAGGAGUUCUUAUGCACCUACCAUACUCAAAGUACUAUGGAUAGCUCAUGCAUUAGCACAUUGUUUGGCACAUAAGUACAAAAUAAAUGGUACCUAUAACAUCCAUUUGGGAGGUUCCAUAUCUCCCAGGUGGGAGCUAAGACAUGAAACUCCAGUCAACUUUUUAAAACAACCAUUGUAUCUGAGUGGACGGGCACUAAGUUCAGAGAGAAGGGAGAUCACAGUGGUCCUGAAUGUUGGGUAAAUCUUUUCAAGGAGAUGAAACAUGAACCAAGACCUACAAGGAUGUUUAUUAUUAACUUUGCCUCCACUGGUUUUGCUUCUUACUAUUAGUGAUAUUGGCUGUUAGUUUUGCCAUCUUAGAAUAGAAGAUACUUAAGGAGAGUUUAAUAGCACAGAGCCUGAUACCUUGUGCAUUUCAAUUUAAAACUUAACUUGCUUUUAAUUCCAAAGAUCUUAUAAUAGGAUAAUGUUAGCUUCCUCUUUGGGCAAGUGUAGCUGUCCUGCUCCCCUGAGUUUCUCUUCUCCAUUUAGAUUAUAAAUACAUAGGGCCUGGGACCAUGUGUUUCUUAUCCUUACUUUAUAGUUCCCUAUGGAUAAGACUGGCCUGAUUCUUACACUGUAAUCUAAUCACUUACUAAGAGGUCUCUGUGUUUGUUGAAGGUGAUGGAUUAGCCUCUCAGCGCCCCAACCCAAACAGUGCUGGUUGUCUUGGGCCUUCCCUGAUCUCAAUUUCUGUUCCACAUAUGAUCCUGUUUUUUUCCCUGAUUACCACUUUUCUAUAGCACAUCAAACAUACUUUUAAGGAGAUGUCAAAACUUCUUUUAAGAAUAUAUGUUUUUAUUCGUGACAGCACAAAUGCAUAAACCAGGAGAUAGGCACAGGGGCAGAUGAGAUCUGCCCAAGUACAGAGAAAACCUUAAUUGAGAGUACCCAUGUUAAUUUUAGAACCCACCAAGUUAGCAUAGCCUUGCUUUUUAAUUUAGUAAAUGUUUUCAGCUAUUAUGUUCUAACUCAGUUAAUAUAAUAAGGCUUUCCUCAAAUUAGGUUGAACUCACUUUGCCCAUUUCACUAAAAAUAUUUUCAUUCCAACUGUUGUUUCUAGACAACUAACGAACCAGUUUUCUCUGGUUCUCUUUUGCAAAUGGGCUGGUUUCAAUAUAUGGGCCUUAAUUUACAUAAUUGCUCUCUUGUAUUCCUCUUUGUGAUCUACCUUUCAUUGUGUUUAAUAAACGCUGGUUGUUUUAUAAUUUGGCAAAAAUAGCAUGUAGGUAUACUUGGAAAGAAUAGAUAGUGAAAUUUUGAAUAUUGCUGCUUUUCACAGGCCAUCAUCUUAAAACCUAACUCAAGGCAAAUGUGGAAGUUAUAUCACUAUUAAUGCUGCAGAGAUUCAUUUAUUUAACAUUAAACAUAUCUCUUGACUUCCCACUUUGUACCAGACACAGUUCCACAUGCUGAGAAUCUAGCAAUGAGCCAGACACACAAGGACCUUGCUCUUCACCAGCAUACAUUCUAACCAGGAUUGCAUUGGAGAUGCAGGCAUUAAACAAAUUAUUAAAAUACAUACCCUGUGGAGAUAGCAGUUGAUUUCUUGCUUCUUUUUCCCUCUACCAUUGCCUCAAGGCCGAAUCUACAACCUUAUUACCUGUAGUAUUGAGUUGAAUUUAAUUUCAUAGUACUACUACCCCCCUCUGCAUAAGGGCCUUGUUCUAGAAGAGAGGGAAAAGGAUAGAGAGAUACGUAGCAGGGUCACAUUUCUCAAACUGAAACUAAAUGUGCCUUAUUCUCAGAAUUGUACAAGUGAAGAUUCAUUCAGGAAACAUUUAUUGAGCAGUGUAUCACUCAGGGUUCAUUAUGUUCUAGGCUUUAUAAUACCUACUUGCAUGCCCUGAAGUACCUAGUUGGAGAAACAGAGACAUAAAAUAAAUAAUUACUGAUAAGUGUUAUAAUAAGAACAUAUAUUAAGUACAAGGGGGGACCGCAAAAGCAAUAACUAGUUCUGCCUGGGGGAAAACCUCACCAUAAAAUGUCCUCUAAACUGUGACUUCAAGGUGACUGGCAGUACAACAUGCUUCAUUUAUUCAGGAAAUGUUUACUGAGCCAAGCACAGUUGUUGGCUCUGUAGACACAGCAGCAAACUAGACAAAGUCCAUGCUCUCUUGGCAGCAGAGAGACAGACAAUAAAUAAAUAUGUAGGUAAAUAACUACAUAUUAGGUGAUAAUACCUGCUAAUAACAAAAAAUAAAAUAGCUUACUAAAGGAAACAGAGUGACAGGUACUGCUGUUUUAGAUAGGGUGGUUAGGGAAGGCUUCUCUAAUGAGAUGACAUUUGAACGGAAUCCUGAAUUAUAUGAGAGAAUGAGACCAACAAGCAGGGCAAGCCCUUUCUGGUAGAAGGAGCAGCAUGAAGAAAAGCAUAAUAGCCAUGAAAAGUGUGGCAUCUUUAUUACAAAGUGAAGUAUUCUCACUGAGCAUGGGGUAAGAUGGAGCACAGAGGGCUUGGGGGAGUGUGCUAGAUGAGGCUGGGAAAAGAAGGGCGAGAGAAGCCAGGUGGUGAAAAACAUUGUGUUCCAUACUCAGGAAUUUUAAGGCCCACCUUGUUGACUCAGGAAAGAGGGGCUAGAUUUUAGGGGGAGAAAAUAAGAGGAAAAUGAGAUAGAUUUUUGUUUCAUUUCGUUGCGUUUGGUUAGGUUUGGUUGGGAUUGGGGGAGGUUACCUCUAGCAGAAUUAUGAAAGAUGAACUUGAAAGGAAAAGCAGAAGAAGCUAGUUUUAAGGUUAUUAUAAUAAUUCAAGUGAGAAAUUACAUGGCCUAAAUUAAAACAGUAAGAUGAAGCUAGAGAGGAGAAGUAGAGUCCAACUAUUUUAGGAGACCCACUAUGUAAGAUCUGCUGCCUGUGGGAAAGUUCAAGAAGAACUUCUGAGUUUCAGUUCGGGUGACUGAGUGGGUGAUGAUGCCAUUAACCAGCUCAAGGAACCCUGAAGGAGAGGCAGGCUUAGAAGUGCAUAUAAUGAAUUUGAUGUGGGGCAAUGGGAAAUACAGACUGGAUAUUAAAAGUGAAGUCAGGGCUAAAAUACAGAUUUGGCUGUUACUAGCAUUUCAUGGAAAUUUACAACAGAGAAGCAAGAAGAGUAGUCAGCAUUGUCAGAUAUUGCGGACAAGUUAAAUAAGAUGAAGAUUUGAAAAGCCAUCAGAUUUGACAAUUGGAAGAUCACCAAUAACUUCAUAAGACCAAUUUCAGUAGAUGUGGGUAGGGAAGAGCCUCAUCAUGGUUGAGUUGGAGAGUCACAGGAUAAGAUGCUGGGAUUGUCCAGACAAGAUCACUGUCCUCUCCUCUUUCCCAAAGCUCCUUCUUAGAAUCUUUGAACCUGAGUUUGAUCUUCUCUUCCCCCUCCCCCCUUAGCUUUCUCCACCCAGGCCCUAGGACCUGUUACCUGAGCUGGGGACAUUAUGGAGCUACAAAUAUCCCUUGGGUCUCUGAUGGGAGAGGUGCCAGGGAUAGGGAAGCCUGAUGUCAGGUCAUGCCACUUGAGACCUGUCCGCCAAGGGGGAAAAGAUGAAAUACAUAGGUCUCUGUUGUAUGUGGAAACUGUGGACCAGGAAGCUGAGGUAGGAUGGGGAGCAAAGAACUGAAAGACUGGUAAACAUGGGAUUAGUUAGGAAACUUGGCCCCAGUGAGAGAGUGGAAUCUGACAAAGUGUGGGGUUGAGGAGCAGAAUCCGACAGUCAGCUGAUGCUAACUAGAAAUUCAGGCAGGGAUGCUUAGGUUUCACAGGGGCUGAAGAUGUGUGAUGGAAAGAUGUUGGCAGCACUCGUGACCAUGAAGAUAGCAGUGAGGUGACAGUGAAUUAAAGGGUAGCAUAAAGACCAAACCAAACAAAACAAAAAUCUGGCAUAAAGAUAUUUGACAAAUAUUUGUGAAACCAAAAGUAGUCAUUGAGAUUAUGCAGAGGAAAGAGUUUAGACACCAGAGUUUAGAAGAACUGAAAGUUAAUGCCUAGGUUCCCUUCAGGGAGAGCAUGAAGGCACUAAGGGAUCCCAGACAGCUUGGAGGUGCAGAGCCCAAGAGGGAGUUGGAAGGAAAGUUCAGGAUAGAAGACUCCCUCCCUUAAUCCUGGGGACUCAAGGAAUUAUUAGUGGAAUCUACCAGCUUUCCCCACCUCCUCCUUAGUUCACUCCCUUGGCCUCAGCUUCUCCCGCCUGCACCGCCAUCUCAGCCCACUGGGGGGCGGGGCUCGAGAGCGAGCUGGUGGCUGUUCAGAAGCCUCGAGAGCCAUCAGUUCUUACCAGACUACCUGCUCUGAGCGGUCUUACCCCAUGGCCGGACACAGGCCCUCAGACUUAGCCCUGCUGGGCAGUGGUGAGGGCGAGCCCGGUGGGCCAGAGCCCGGGCGGGUUCACACUCCGAUCUGGUUGAGCGCCCAGGGGCCCCGCAGCAGACUGAUGGUCCUGCCAGCGGCCAGACCAGGGAUCUGCCCGGGCAGUGAAGUGUGGGGGGUACCCCCAGGCUCCCAGCUGUACGAAUUGCUCGGGGGCGGGAUGGUGCCCUUUGGGCCCAGAGCUGGAGCUGGCGAGGUGGGCCCCUGGUUCCCAAGCCCCUCUGAGGGCGCCUUCCCAGGGCCCUGCAUCCUCCUGCAGUGCAUCCCAAGGCCCGCUCUGCCAGAGGACAUCUCUGCGGUAGAGAAGGAGAUGGAGCAGCUGGCCAAGGAACUGAGAGAGAGGAGGAUGACCCUGGGGUACUCGCAGGCCGAUGUGGGGUUCGCUGUGGGGGCUCUUUUUGGAAAGAUGCUUAGCCAGACGACCAUCUGCCGCUUUGAGGCCCAGCAGCUGAGCCUCGCCAACAUGUGGAAGCUGCGACCACUGCUGAAAAUGUGGCUGGAGCAAGUGGACACCAAGAACCUUCUAGGCAUAUGCAAAAUGGAGAUGAUCCUGCAGCAAGCUCGGAAGCGGAGACGCGCAAGCAGGGAGAGACGCAUCGGAAACAACCUGGAGAAACUCUUCCUGCAGUGUCCGAAGCCCACGCCCCAGCAGAUCAGCUGCAUCGCUGGGCAGCUACGGCUACAAAAGGACCUGGUCCAAGUUUGGUUCUAUAACAGGAGCAGGCAGGGCGGUCGGCCAAGCAGUGAUUUCUACCCCCUGGCCGAGGUGGGGGCAGCCGGGCCUCCUUUCUCAGGGGGACCAGUGUGCUUUCCCCUGACAUCGGGAUUCCAUUUUGGUCCCCCCCACUGCGGGGGGCCCUACUUUCCACCUUUGUGCUCCUAUGCCCCUCCCGCUUUUCCUGCGGGAGGAACCCUCCUCUCUGCCCCGGCCACCACUCUGAGCUUUCCAGGGCUUUCCAGCUGAAGGGCCUGUUUUUCUGGGAAGGGCUAAACUGGGAAAACUGGUCCCUGGAGUUCAUUUCAGAACUUUUGCCAAGUUCUCCGUUAGCUGUCUGAAGAAGUUAAGAAUAUGUAAGGGAGUAAGUUGGAAGUUGUUUAAGAAAAUUUGGGGAGGGAAGUUGAAGUUUAUUGCUGCUUUGUGUUUUUCCCUUUGUUUUUCCCUUUGUUUUUCUGUAGCACUGGCUUUAAGAUGCAUUACAAUAUGUAGAUGGUUUUGGAUACUUUGUUUCUCUCUCUUUCAUUAAUUGAAAAUUGUAUGUUAUCCCUUGUGGUUAUCAAUAAACAGGAAUUUUUUUUCCUAAAAUUGAGUGAAAAACUCAAGUCACAGGUGUCUAUUUCAGUAUAUCAUUUUUAUCAAAACCAAGCAGAACUUUGUGUGAAAGUCCAGGGUAAAUCGUUGCCUCCAGGGGAAGGUUUGACCUGGGAUAGGGAAAGACAACACAGAGCCUACCCAGAGCUCCUGCUGAAACACAAGAGUUUGCUUGUUCUCCCCGCUUUCUUGAAAGUUUUUUAUUUUCUAAUUCACUUUUUCAUUUAGAGUACCUCAGCUUUAAGUAGGGGUAUCAGUUCAGCCUUCCACCCAAUGCAGUCACAGGUUUAUCUCCUGUCUUGACAGUCCAUUGCUUCUUAAAUUCCUUUGCUACUGACAUUGGGAAUCUGGACAGCUAUAGCUCACCUCAACUCAGCUCCAGCUUACUUCUCUGGUUUUAAGCUCAGCUUGCUUUAUUCCCUGGGAAUUUCCCUUAUUUACUUUUGAGUUGUGAUAUGCUUUUUAAAGGAUAUUUGUGAUAGCUGAGCCAACAUUCCCUGGUGGCUUUUGCAGUGGUACAUCUUAAAUCGCUUUCCAAUCUCCUCUAUGAAAUUGGUCUUUUCCAGUUUCCUACUUCUACAUUGAUCAUUUGGGUCAUCAUACACUAAGCAGAAGUCAUUAAUCCCUCUGUAUUUUCACAUCAACUGCCAUAUA